AUUAAAAACAAUGUUCGAAGGUUGGAGUGCUUACGUCUUCUUUUGUAAAAAUUUAAGACACUAUUUAUAUUCUACACAAAAAAUAUUGUUUUUGUUUUCAGCAUUUUUUAUCAUUAAAUUUUAUUGUAACCUCUUAAGUGAAAAAAAAGAAUAAAGGACUUUUUUAUUGCACAAGUAUUACGUUUUUCUGAAUGGUGUGUAUAACUGAUUUUUGUACUACUUGAAAAAUGUGAGAAAUCCCGAUCAAAUUACUUUCAGUGCAGAGAUAUUUCAAAUCUGGCUUAUUUUUUUUAUUAGGAAGACUCUUAAUAACAAAAUUAUGAAAUCAUGACCCAUUUGCAAUGGUUUUGACGUGUUGGAAAAUGGUAUUUGAGAUUUCAUACUUUUAAAAAAAAGUGCAAAUAUAAAAUGAAUGCUGUUGAAACAAACGAGCAAUUACACGAGCUACAGUGUAAGGUCAAAUGUUUUUGUUGUAUUGGCAAAUACGUGCUCCUGUCCUUGUUAAGAUGGAUGUUGAAGAAUGUGGAUAUUGCUAAAGAGGAAAGCCUUACUGACCCCUGUGAAGUAUUUCCUAAAGUUUUAAAAAACUUUCAAGCUCAUUAUAAUCUUCGGAAAGAAAUCAAAAGCUUAGACUUUAACAACAACAAACACCUAAUUACAUCAUCAGGGGAUUUGACUGACAUCAAGCCAAAAAUUAAAUGCAACUAUUUUGAUAUAACAUUGCUUUGUGAUUUUCUAAGUAAUAUUCCUAUAUUCGCUUCUAAUUCCAAGCCUUAUGUGCCAUUAAAACGUGACAGAAUUAUACAUUCAGUUAAAAUUCCCUGUACGAGCUUAAAAGUAUGUUGUGGUAUUUGCCUGAAAUGCUUUUUGUGUUUCCACUGCUGUACAUAUAAGGCGAAUAAAAAGCACGUGCUGAUGAUUAAAGCGUUGAAAGAUGGUUACUCACAUUUAGUACCAGAAGUAUGUCAAAAAAUUGAAACUAAUCCGUCUGAGCAAGUUGCUUUGGAUUUUCAUCGAAAUACUAAAGAUGGUACAGAUGCUAUUGAGAAGUUAUUAACCUUUUUACUAACAAAAGGUGAAAUAAAUCAAAAAAAUUAUGACAUUAAAAAACUCAAAAUUGAGUUAGUGCGUCUUACAACGAAAGACUUUUAUUGGAAUAAUUUCGCUGGGUUAGUUAAUCUAGAAGUACCGUACCUGCGAUAUUCAUGUCCUGUCAAUGUCAAUUAUUCCUUGCUAAAGUUAGGCCAAAAUGAAAUUUCUGUACUCCUAGAAAGAUUUGAAAUGUAUGACUCAGAAUGUUAUAAAUCAUUCCGAGAGAAUUUCAUGAGAAAGGUUAGAAAGUUGUUGACCAACAAAUUAACUGCCAGUGGUCGGAUAGUACCAUUUCAAAUUAAACUGAAGGAAAUGGACGUAUAUAUUGAAAAAAGUAAUUAUAUAAAAGCGACGCUACACAUAGAAUCAAGGGAAAAUAUUGUUCCAGACUGCUAUACAGAAAUGGAUUCUGUGGAAUCACAAAAUUUGCGAUCUGAACUACAGAAAGUAUGUGAAGAUGAGCUAAACAAAAUAUUGGAAAACGCGAAUAUUACAGUUUCUGUUGAUUGCCGGGGGUGCAAAUUUGCUUCAAUUCAUAUAUACUAUAAGAUAUACAAUCACAAGAUAACAUUGACCAAUGGAUUAAGAGAUCUGAUUAAAGAUGGGUUUAGAAAGGUGAUAUCCAUGCCGUCUGUAUUAAAGAUACUUGAAAAUCAUGAUUUGCACUUUUGUACAGUUAACGUAUCAUUCGAAGACAGCACUCAGGAAUUUGUUGUUGGUUUUACAGUCGUGAGUGAUGAUAAAACAGCUCUACAGCUGAUUGAGGAUGAUUUGGUAGAAAUAAAAGAGAAAGUAAAGAGGGAAAUACAGAAAGACUUUGCAGAUAUCUUUAUGAAAAAACAAAAACAAAAGGGAAUAACCAAGGCUGAGAAUUUUGACUCAUUCAUUCAAGGAAAUCAAUUGGACAGAACAGAAGAUGAAGAUUUGAUCGAACGCAUUAAUGAACGAAAAGAGGCGGAAACAAGGUUAAAGUCAGUUGAAGCAGUUGAAGCUUGCUACAUUGCAUACAUCGCGUCUAGAAAUAGAAUUAAGAAUCUGCUGCACGAUGAACUUAGGCGAAGUCGAAUGGCUGAACACGACUGGUGCAACAUAUGUGCAACUUCAUUUUGUGAAUGGAAAACAACUGCAAUUAAUUCUUCCAAAGUUAAAGAAUUACUACAUAAAGAUCGUACCAUUUUUGACGAUCUUGAGAGAUCACUUGCUGCUUGUGAUGACAAUGAUUUAAAACGCAUUAUAUUUGAAUUGGAAGGCAAUUUUAGUAUUGAGCACCGAUAUUAUAUUUUGGAAAGAGUAAAGGGACUAUUAAAAGAUAAAACCAUGGACUAUCAAAAGCAUGUUAUAUAUCGGUUCCUAUCUUUGAUUAAGUUUUUAAAAAAACCAGCUACAAGUCGAUUAUUAUCUGUAGUUGACAUAGAAUUGUCCAAUUCUUGGCAGGCUGGUGUUUUUGUUGUACCGCAUGACUUCUUCACAAUACUAAAUAAUACUGAAGUAAUUAAAAAUGGAGACAUUUUGAAAAUUAAACAUUUUUUAUCUGUAAUUAGAUCUCCGAGUAUGAAGGAAGUGAAGGUUGCAUUCGAAAAAUGGAAGUAUGAGCUGAUCUAGAAAAAUUGGAGCAGCGAACUGUUGGAGAAAAUUGACUAAAGGCAUGUAUUACAUUCAGUAACUUUUUGUCUUUACAAAAGAGACAAGGAUUUAAACUUUCUUAAAUUUUUAUUAGAAGUGUAUAUAAUAAUUAUUAUGAAUUUAUUAUGCUAAACGUGAAUAAAAAUGUAAAGCACAAAUCUAAAACCAA